AUGUUUCGGACAUAUCUCCUUUCGAUUCUCCUCUUUUGUAUCUCAAUACACCCCCUUUCCGCCUACCUAAUAAACUUCCAACGUCACAGAGACCCCCAAACACUGGGAGACAUCGAUCGAAAAUACUUUUCCAAAGAGGCAACCGAUCAAUCAUGCACUCUCAUACCUGGUAACCAAACCCAGGAACUAUCAACAAUCCGUAUCCGAGGCGACCCCACCGUUGGUAGCCCUCCACACGCAUUGGCAUUUUUCACAGGUACCGAAUGCAACGAUACCACCGUUUCGGUAAUAACCCGUUUCUUCCAAAUCUCCGAUAGAGUAGAACAAUCUAUUUCGCCGUUCGCCGUUCGUGGGAGCCUUACGGAGGGACCUGAGUGGGAUAGAAAUUUGAUAGCACCAACGUUGUACAACUAUUAUGAGAGCGUUGGGUAUACGAGUACACUUUGGGGUGCAAUUGUUGACUUAGAGUUGGAACCGGGAGAUAUGGCGUUCAAAUAUGCAUCCCUAGAUGGAUCUGUGAAUGGAUGGCGAGUUGCAACAGCUGUUAUUGCUAUGGAAGAGGAACCGGAUGUAGUUGGAGUGGACUCAAUGCUACCUCCAGCUUAUUUUGCACGAAAACUUAGUAUUAGUCUACCUGAGAUGGCAGAAGAUGAAAGAAAACUUAUACCAGCUCACUUUCAGAAGAUAGCAGAGGAGCGUCCUGCUGAAGAAAAGGUUCUCAUAGUCGAGAAUCCUGCACUGAUAGAUCCUGAAUCUGCAUGGAGAUAUCGUCUGGUUCAUGAUCAUGAAAGGAAGAUCAAGAUUGGAAAACUUGCUAGAGCAGCGAAUAAUUAUGGACCGGCUCCUAUCAGGAAGAAUAAUCCGAGUAUGAUUGAGCUCAAUCCUUUAGUGAAUCUGGUGGGGCAAUCGAAUUUGGAGGACAUCGAGCGGAAGAGGGAGUUAACGGUGGAAGAGUAUCUUAAUGAUAGAGAUUGGGAUCUCUACCUACCUGAGUCGAAAUUAAAAGUUUAA